AUGGCCACCAUGGACAAGAUCUUCGCCGGCUAUUCCAAGCGACAGGCUGUACUUGAGAAGAGUAACAACCCUCUUGCGAAGGGUGUGGCCUGGGUCGAGGGCGAGCUCGUGCCUUUGCACCAAGCUCGCAUUCCACUGCUCGACCAGGGCUUUAUGCACUCCGACCUGACUUAUGAUGUGCCCUCCGUCUGGGAGGGACGUUUCUUCCGCCUCGACUGCCAUAUCGAUCGUCUCGAGGCCAGCUGCAAGAAGAUGCGCCUCAGGCUACCCAUCCCCCGCGAUGAGGUUAAGAAGAUCCUCUGCGAUAUGGUCGCCAAGAGUGGCAUCAAAGAUGCCUUUGUCGAGCUGAUCGUCACCCGUGGUCUUACCGGCGUCCGCGGCGCUCGACCUGAGGAGCUCCUUAACAACAACCUCUAUAUGUUUAUCCAGCCUUAUGUCUGGGUCAUGGACCCCGACGUCCAAUACAAGGGUGGCCACGCCAUCGUCGCCCGGACUGUGCGCCGCGUCCCUCCCGGUGCGAUCGAUCCUACUAUCAAGAACCUGCAAUGGGGUGACUUGGUCCGCGGCCUCUUCGAAGCUUCUGACCGCGGAGCUACCUACCCUUUCCUAACGGAUGGAGACUCCAACCUUACCGAGGGCUCGGGCUUCAACGUCGUCAUUAUCAAGGACGGCGUCCUCUACACCCCCGACCGCGGCGUGCUGCAGGGCAUCACGCGAAAGAGCGUUAUCGAUGCUGCCCACGCUGCUGGUUACGAGAUCCGCGUUGAGCAUGUUCCCAUUGCGGCUGUUUACGACGCCGACGAGAUCUUGAUGUGCACUACUGCUGGCGGCAUCAUGCCCAUUACCGUUCUCGACGGCCAGCACGUGAAGGAUGGAAAGGUAGGCCCCAUUACAAAGGCUAUUUGGGAUGGUUACUGGGGCAUGCAUUAUGACGACAAGUACAGUUUCGCGAUCAACUAUUAG